AAUUUCCCUUUUUGCUUUGCGAGAGAGUUUAAACACAACAAUUAUAUAAACACAAUUUUUUUUUUUUUUCAAAACACACUACAGAAAAAAAAUUAGCCAAGAUUAAAAAAUCAAAGGAAAUGUCUGUUUAUAAUCAUCGACCUAUGGGUCCACCCACACCAAGUCGUUUAAUAGAAUUAUUAGAUGCCGUAAAAGGUGAAUAUGAUCAAUUAGCUCAAGAAGUCAUUGUUUGUAAAAGUCAAAGAGAUGAAUACGAACAUAAAAUGAAUAACCAGAUUCAAGAAAUGAAUUUGUUUCAACAAAACUUGAUUGAUCUCGAAAGAACUCAACAAAUAAUCAAAAAACAAUAUGAAGAGGAAAUUGCAAGACUUCGUCAACAGUUGGACCAACAGGCUCACCCUCAACAUGGUGGCGUACCUCCUCAACCUCCUGCUAGUAGCGGUGGAUACGGUGGACCUACUGGAUAUCAACAACCACCACCACCUUCUUUAAUGGAGUCUAAACCUCCAGUACAUCAUUCUUCUUAUCCUCCAACUGGACCUCCACCUCCAACUGGACCUCACCCUGUUUCUUCAGUACCAGUACCACCUCACCCUUCUGCUGGAACACCUUACAUGAAUGGAGGCUCUCCUCUUCCUUCUAAUGCUCCACCACCCUCACAGCUUGCUUCUACUAGAGGAACAGGAGUAAAUCCUGUCAAGUCUGGGGCUGGUCCUCUUAUUAAUAAUGCAUCCGCUUCAGAGGCCCUUGGAGAUAUCAACCCAGAGAAUGUGCCAGCUAAUAUGAAGGUAGAAGGUCAAGAUUGGUUUGCAUUAUUCAACCCAAAGGCUACUCGUUAUCUCAAGGUAGAUCUUCUUCAUACAUUUGACCACGGCAGUGUUGUUUGCUGUGUCAAGUUUAGUGCUGAUGGACGCUUCCUUGCUGCUGGUUGUAACCAAGCUACCUAUAUCUAUGAUACCUUAAGUGCUACACGUGUUGCCAUCCUGCAAGAUGAAAAUGCCGGACGUGAUGGUGAUUUAUAUAUCCGUUCCGUCAGCUUCAGUCCUGAUGGUAAAUACUUGGCUACAGGUGCUGAAGAUAAGCAAAUCAGGAUUUGGGACAUUGGAAAGAAACGUAUUCGAGGUAUUUUGUCAGGUCAUGAGCAAGACAUUUAUUCUUUAGAAUUCAGUCGCGAUGGACGUAUUCUCGUUUCAGGCUCAGGGGACCGUACUGCUCGUAUCUGGGAUUGGCAAAACAUUCGUUGUCUACAUGAGCUUCGUAUUAAUGACGUUGAUCAACAAGACUUGGGCGUCACCAGUGUAGCCAUUUCACCUGAUAGUCGUCUUGUGGCAGCCGGUAGUUUGGAUAAGAUUGUACGUGUCUGGGAUGCUGUAACGGGACAAUUAUUGGAACGAUUGGAAGGUCAUAAGGAUAGCGUUUAUUCCGUAGCUUUUAUGCCAGAUGGUAAGACCUUGGUGAGCGGUAGUUUAGAUAAAACGCUGCGUAUGUGGCAAUUGGGUACAGGAGAAAGAGGUUACGGCGGUGAACGUGGUAAGAGUGCUUGUAUUCAAGUGUUUACUGGUCAUAAAGACUUUGUCUUAUCUGUUGCUACUACACCUGAUGGCAAUUGGAUUGUUUCUGGUUCAAAGGAUCGUGGUGUUCAAUUCUGGGAUCCUCGUACCGGACAAACACAAUUUAUGCUCCAAGGUCAUAAGAAUUCAGUUAUUUCUGUCGCAACUAGCCCAGGACAUAAACCCAUGUUCGCUACUGGAUCCGGUGAUAAUCGUGCUCGUAUUUGGAGCUAUGAACCUUUAGGACCAAAUUAAAGCCAAAAACAAAUCACACUCAAUCACACACACAAAAAAAAAAAAAAAAAAAAAAAAAAAAAUAUAUAUAUAUACUCAUUUUCUUCUUUUUUUUUAUUAAAUCCAUAUUAUUCUCAUAUUGUAAUGGAACCAGCUUUUCUCAAAUGAUGGAAUGUGUGGUCAUUUGUAAACAUGACCCAUUGAUAUCUUUAUAAAAAGAAAGCAAAAAAAAAAAAUAAGGUGAUUAAUAUAUACUUCCUUGCUUACAAUGU